AUGAAAAUCUGCGAGUCGCACGACACCCUGGCUCCGUUCAACGCAGACAUCCCGAACUACGCGCGCAAAUUCGGCGCCGUGUCGCUGAUCAGGCAGCAGUUGCAGCCGGGAAUGAAACAACCCUCGCUCACCGAGCUCAGCCUGCUCACCUCAACACACGUUGAGGACGUCUUCGAUUUCACCUCCGACCAAUUCUACGACGUCGGCGGCUUCUUGUACGCCAUCAAGUGGCGCAACUCCUUCUACAAACUCGCCGAGCACUACCUCAUCAGAUUUAUACGUUCUGUCGGCGACAAGCAGAAAGUUGAGUCGGUCGGUGAGAAAGUGCGAGCUGCCUUCGGCGAGGUUUUCGACGAGAACCCGUGGAUUGAGAAAAGCACGAGGAAGUUUCUGAAGAAGAAGCUGGAAGCCAUGCCCGAGUACAUCGGCUACAAUGACAAUGCCCUCGAUUUCGAGAUGGCCAACCAGAUGGCCGAAAUGAUGCCCAUCCCCGACGAGAUGUCCCCGAUCGAGCAGGUCAUGUUCCUCAGCCGCGCCUUCUGGAUCAAAGAGAACUUGGACAUUGGCGACAAAGUUGAUUCGACCAUUUUGGUCAAUGCCCACAACGUUGGAGGGCGUCAUAUCGUCAUCCCUCAAGGCAUCCUCAAAGCCCCGUUUUUCGACCGCGACUGGCCGUUGGAGACACACUACGCUGGUAUCGGCUACGUGAUCGGACACGAAUUCACGCACACCUACGAUGGAUGGGAAGAUCGAGGCCUCCCCGCCGGCAACCCAGGCAACGACACCGACGAGUUCAAAGAGAGACACCAGUGUCUUAUCGAUGAAUUCGGGAACAUCGUCCACCACAGCGAGUUCUACAACAUCACCGUCAAGGGCGACGGAAUGAGGCAGCGUAGGGAAUCGAUCAGUGACAACAACGGGCUGCGCACGUCGUUCAGGGCCUAUCGCAAGGAGCGCCUCCGCCUCUUCGGCAAAAACCCUCCGAAAUGGCCGGGCCUUCAGAAGUACACCAACGAUCAGCUGUUCUUCAUUUCCUGGCUCAGGUCUGUUGGACUUCUUGAUGUCGUUGAGGGCUGGUGCGGGCGCAUCAGUGACGUGAAACGCCGCAGCGACGACUGGCAGGCACAGCCGCAUCCACCUGCCAGCAUCCGCCUCAACGAGGCCAUGAAGAAUUUCGAGGAUUUUGCGGCCGCUUUCAAGUGCCCGCGCGAUUCGCCGAUGAACCCGCCGAUCAGAUGCCGCGUGUGGCGUCGCAUCAAGAAGCAA